AUGCGGUUCUUUGAGUAUAUACUUCCUACUUUGCUUUUCUCUACUGCGACCUUAGCGGCAGCGACGAAGACGACUACAAGCCCAACAGACUUGUCCAAGACCUUCCGCCCAUCUACUACAACUUCAGUGGCGUUGACCGACACUUCUCUCGUCUCUGCUACAAGUUCAGCGGUAACAACCACGAAAACUUCCCUGCCACAAUGCAUCAAGGUUGACAAGCCUCUGCUCAGGGUAUUUCUUGUGCAGCCGACCACAGAAAGCGACACUUGUCUCAUCAACCUCAUCCGCGAGCCAACGAACUCCGGUCCAACGCCAGCAAAGAUUGUUCUCAAUGGUGUCUUCUUCCCAAAGAAUGCUGCCACGAAGGCUUUCGCUUUGGAGAGCUUCGAUUGGAAAGCAGCAAUCAAUGGGACAGGUCAAGUAGUCCAGGCCGUCUUGACUGUUACGUGCGAGAAGGCUGGGCCACCCACCGAUGGCAAUCGACCAACUGUCUCCAAGGGUGGCUUAACGUUCACCAAUACUGUGGAUGGGUCAAAUGUCGCGCCAGCCCAAGCGAGCUUCGGACAAAGGUUUGAGAAGCUCUUCUCGUGCACACUGGACGCUAGAUUCUUGGACAAUCCCACGGUUGUUCUCGCGUUGCUUCUGGACAAUAAAUUCCUCGGGACCCUGCCCCUCUCGACCGGCGCGACGCUCAUCACUCUCUCCCUUCUCAUGAAUAAGCUCUCCGGCCUGUACGGCAUCAUCGCGCUCAUCACCGGCUAUGACCUCUCCAGCCUACAACUGUCCAUGUACGUCUACAGCGUCUUCGCAUUGGUCCUCACGAUCUACCUGGGUCAACACAUCAAAACACAAUCGCCUUUACAAUGCUUAGCACUUGCGUGGUUUUACGCCUUGGACACAGUCCUCAACGCAGCAUGGACGGCCGCAUUCGCGGUCAGCUGGUUUUUAGUCCUGGUGGCACAUAACGCAGGACAGCCAGUCAAGGGCGGACCGAAAGGCACAAUGGGCGACACAGCGGGCUUCACCAACCCACAAGUCAACGCCAGCAGCGUCACCGUUGCCGCAGACGGCGUGACGCCGCCAGCCAUCGCGACCGAAGCCGUUGUGGGCGUCGUUGAGGCCGACAAGCCCGCCGGAGUCGACGCACACUCCCACGGCAGCGUCGCCGGCGCUGUGCUGAGCCCCGAGAGCAUGAACAGCAUCGGCAUAAUCAUCGCCCUGUGGACCGUCAGAGUGUAUUUCUGCAUCAUCAUGCUCGGCUGGGCACGCAUGGUCAUCCGCCAGCACAUCGCCAAGAACGCAAGUCAGAAUUACGAAAGCGCCAGCAAGGAUCAAUCGAUGGGCGAGAAUCCUUUCGAUGAGAGUAAGCCAGAGGGUCAAGGCUGGAAAGGCAAGCUCGGCAGGUUCCUGAUUGGGCUGGGAAGGAGCUACUGGCUGGGCAAGGACGAGGAUGAUGCGUGGAUGUACGGCAUGAAAUUCCGUCGCAGCAAUGAGACUGGCACGAUUUUGUCGAGUGCGGAGCCAAUUGGCCUCGUGGAAAGGGAAAGGAGACGGAGAAGUGGCACUGGACCGCCUCAGCCCGCGAUUGAGCUGCAACAGCCGUCUGCUGACCCGAAGGCGUUGCAGGUGCCAGCUGCGAAUGUUUGA